UAAGGGGUUACAAUGACGAGGUCAAGAAAACGGCUGAAUUGGAGCUGAAAAAACAAAACCCUGUCAGCAAACAUAGCCACGUAUGAAAAAGACAUCAGAACGCUAAAAUCUGAGCUGAACUCCAUUUCCAAUGAGAGAAACACCAUGAAACAGAGAGUCCAGGAACAGAAGAUGGAAAUCAAUGAGUUGAAUCUGAGCUUGAAGAAAACCAUGGGAGAGCUGCAGAAGGAAAAUGGUGAGGUGCAAAAAUAUGCUACCAAAGUGAAUGAGCUUGAAAAUGAACUUUUGAAGUGCAAACAGUCCAUGAAAGGAAUAACUGGAAACUCUGAAAAGAUCACAAUAAAUCUUAAACAGGACAUCCUUUCUAUGCAAAAGGAAAAGCAAAUGGUUGACCAGAAACUGUUGACACUCAAGGGUGAGUUUGAUAAUCUGAGUACCACGUUGAGAAGAACCAAAGAUGAACUUAUUAAGGUAACCCAGGAAGCAAACAUCAGUCAGUCUAAAGUGAAGAACCUUGAAGAGGAGCUCCAGAAAAGCAGAGUGGUCAUUAAAGACAUGAGCUCCACUGUAGACAAAGACACACUGAACCUCAAACAGGAAAUUAUGGUUCUUCAGAAAGAGAAAACCACAGCGCAUGAGAAAAUACACCAAAUGACAUCAGAAAUGUCCACUCUUCAAAAGGACAGAAACAUGGUGCUUGAAAAGAAUCAGAAUUUGAAUUUGCAGAUGUCUCAAGUGAAAAUGCAAUUACAGCAAACUCAAGAGACCAUCAAGAAGAGUCAGACAGAAACAUCCAGUGCCCAGGCUCUGAGUGUGGAGCUCUCUCAAGUGAAAAUGCAGCUGGAGCAAGCCCAAGAAAGCAUCAAGAAGAGUCAGACACAAUCAUUCAGUGCCCAGGCUCUGAGUUUGGAGCUCUCUCAAUUGAAAAUACAGUUAGAGCAAGCCCAACAGGACAUUACAAAGAAGCAAAAAGAAGCUUCUGAUGCCCAGGUGAGGUCCAAACUUCUGGAAGCCCAACUUGAAAGCUGCAAAGGCAUGUUGGAUCAAUUGAAGGAUAAACUGGAGAAACAGAAGUCUGGCUAUGAAAAACAACUGCAGUUAGUCCAUACCGAGAUGGAGCAGAAAUUCAUUGUGAGAGAAUCUCGCAUGAAGGUGGAGUUGGAGAAAAAAUCCACAGAGCGCUCCCAGAACAUAGAGGCAGCCGAAAGGGACCACAAACAUCUCCAACAAGAGAUUGAAAAGCUCAGAGUGUUGCUUCACAACUCCCAGAUUUCAAAGCAAGAGACUCAACAACAGCUAGACUCUCUUCGUAUUGAACUGGAGCAAGCAGUGAAGGACAAAGGAGCCAUGGAAGUCGAAGUGCUUAAAGCAAAAUCCAAGAUAUCUGAUCUGGACAAUGAAAAAAUCAAGCUGGCGUCCAGCAUAAGUCAACUGGACAACCUUCGCAAAGAAAAUUCUAAAGAGGUUCCACGGCUCAAGCAGACAUUGGGCGAAUCAGAACGGAAGCUACAGGCUUCAGAGAGGGAGGUAAAGUCCCUCAAACAAAAAGUUGUUACCUACAUGGAGGAAGUGAAAAACCUUCAAGAAAAGGUCUUGAAGCUUGAGGUGGAAGUCAACUCUGAGAACAAGAGAGUUAAGGAACUGGAAUCAGAUAAACCAUCAAUGUCAAAUCAUCAGUGUCUCAAAGACCAUGAAAUUGCAAAGCUACAGACAGAGCUGCGAUUAACAAAGAAUAUUGUAUCAUCAUAUGAGGAGGCAAAGCGAAGUUUGGAGGACGAGCUCAAGAAGAUGAAAGUUUCCUCAGAGAUAGCAACUCUGGAGAAGGAUAAAGUUCUGGCGGAGCUGAGAAUAAUGAAACAAGAAAAAAUGGAAGUUUAUCAAAACAAAUCUCAGGAAAAUAUCAUGAAGACAAUGACCAAUUCAGUUUCACUGUAUAAUUCAACUGUGUUACAGACACAUACAAAAGAGACAGAGUCUAACGUUAACAGCCAAAAUAUCACAACAGAGCAGACAGCCACCAUGCGCAAAAGCUCUCUGUCUGAGAAAGGCAAGUCUGGCAAAGGGCAGUCUGUUACAUUUAACAUCUCCAACUCAGAUGCAUCUGGAGUCACUAGCAAAGUCACAGGUUCCCCCUCUAUUCUAUCACGCAAAGUUCAAGGCCUUAGAGGACGUAUCAGUAUCAAGAAAUUGAUCAAAGUGAAAUUGCUGGAUAAUGACACUGCCCUGAAGUUAGAGACAGGGCAGAUGUCUAUGGAAGAAGUACAAGCAUGCAUCGCUCAGUUUGUUAGCAAGCCACCAUCAAUCGCUGGAGUUUACGAUCAGUCUAGCAAGAAGAAGAUGUCCUUCACUGAGGCCUCAGAGAAAGGGAUCAUUACAAAGACUUACGCUGUUGACUUCCUUGAAGCACAAGCGGCUACUGGGUGUAUUAUUGAUCCAUCAACAGGGGAAACCUACUCUGCAGAGGAUGCGUUUGAAAAUGGAAUCAUAAGAGAGGACCUCAAGGAGAAGCUUGUAGAAGCUGAAAAAGCAGUGUGUGGUUAUGCUCAUGCAGGGAAAAUACUUUCGGUCUUUCAGGCCAUGGAAGAAAGAAUACUUGACAGACACAGGGGAAAGAAGACGAUCGAAGUUCAGAUAGCUACAGGUGGCCUCAUUCAUCCAGUGAUUGGUGUCAGGGUGCCUCUUAGCUUUGCUCUUGAAAAUGGCCUCUUGAACCAGUUCACCUAUCAGACCAUCUAUGAUCCAGUCAGCAAUCCCAAGGGCUUUUACAACCCUGAGACUGGCCAGAGAGAUUAUUAUUGUGAGCUGUUGAAAAUGUGUGUUUUUGACACGGUGAGUGGUGUGUAUCUUUUGCCAAUAGGUGGUAAGCAGGAAGCUAACCCUACCCCUGACAGUGUGCAAGGCAGAAAGUCUGUUAUCAACACCUCAAAUGGAGUUGAGAUGCCAGCAUAUGAAGCCUUCAAAGGCAACCAUAUUGAUAAGAAAACAUACCUCUUCCUGUCUCAGCAAGAAACUGAAUGGCAGGAAACUGUCACAGACUCUAACGGAAGCCUCAUGCACAUACUAACAGACCUUAGAAGUGGUCGACAGCUUUGCAUUGAAACGGCUCUUAGACUUCGAAUCCUCGAAUCGUCCGAACUUGCCAAAUACCGGAGUGGCCUCCUUAGUAUAUACGAGCUCGCAGAUCUCUUGAACUCCAGAAAGGUUGUUUUCAGAAUCACGCAUUGCCCCGUUGCUGGACUGUGGGACGUUGCUUCCAGGAAGAGACUUUCUGUCUUUAAAGGUCACCAACUGAACCUUGUGGACAGAUUGACCGCCCUUCGGCUCUUAGAAGCUCAAGCUUGCACUGGAGGCAUCUGUGACCCAGCACUGGGGGAGCGUGUUGGGAUUGCUGAGGCAACUCAAAAAGGUCUACUAAAUGACAGUUUUGAACAUCUACUCAAGCAGUUUGAACAAGCUUACAAUGGUCUCGCACAUCCCCAAACAGGAAAGACCCUUUCAGUGGCCCAAGCCAUGCAAGAAAACCUGUUAUUGAAAGACGUUGGGAUGAGAUGUUUGGAAUACCAACUCUUUACUGGAGGACUGAUCAACCCAGAAACCCAUGAGAGGAUGACGGUGGAUGAGGCUCUCCUGGGCUGCUUGAUAGACAAGGCUACAGCUUCCCAGCUCAAAGAUGAAAGGUCCUUUUCCAAAUCCCUUACCUGCCCAAAGACCAAGAAGAGGAUUUCUUUCAGUGAAUCCCUGGAAAAAGGUGUCUUUGAUGGCCACACCGGUUUCAUGCUACUUGAAGCUACCAAACCUCAAAGCAUGGGGGCCACAGGGACAUUCCAGUACAUCUGGACCUAUCGACAUAUGUAACUUAUUUUUUAGUGCCACAAAGAACAUAACAGCCAUCUUCUGCUUUUAUUAUCAAAACAUCUUCAACUUUGUCAUUCAGAAUGUGUUGUGCCUUCUUUAUUAACCUUCCUGUUCAACCUGUGUCUUUUCAUAUAAGCAAUGUGUUUUUUCAUGUUAUGUAAAUAUUUUAUAAAUCUCAUUGGUUUUCAAUGGGUAGAUUAUGCUAUUAUGCUAUUCUUGAAUUACUUAAUAUAAAGAAACAGUACCUCUAUUUUAUUUACCGUAAAAUUAUACCAUGAACCUUUAUCAUGAACCAUGAAUGUCUAGUAACCAGUUGUAUUGUUGCUUAAUCACUCUUGUUCAUUUCUGUCCCUGAAUUCCAGAAAAC